GGGAGGGAAAGAACAAAAAUGGGUCACGGGGUGGCAAAAAGGGUAGUUACGGAAUUCCAAAAACAUUCUGUUUUUUUUUUUUAAUUUGGUAAAAAAAAAACACCGAAAACAUUUCCAAAAGCGACAAAAACAUGCAACAUGGUUCUGAAAGACGAGAUAUACAAGGGAAGAUUAAUAAUUGUUCCAACCCAAGCAUAUCCUCCUUCUCUCUCUUCCAUUCGUUUCCUCCAAGAUUUUUAAGAUUCCCAUCCUACCCUUCUUCACUCCUGAGAGGGAGAACAGGAAAACAGAGCGUCGACAGUUUUCAAAACUGUCCGUAUUUUCCCCCAAUUGUUUUUUAACGGAGGAAUUCAUUCAAGUGGGUGUGUGCAGCAUUUUCUUGCAGAAGAAGAAGAAGAAGAACAGUCUCUUUAGUUCUGAAGACUGAAUUCGGCAGAGACUUGUGUUAGCUAUGGCGGCGGCGCACUUUAGCGGCGUGUGGUUUUUGGUCUUUAUGGUUCUGUUUCCACACUGUUCUGGUGGCAGAGCGAGCAUUUCGAAACAAAAUCUUGAGGCUAACAACCAUUUGAAGCAAUUGAACAAGCCUCCCCUUAAAUCCAUCAAGAGCCCAGAUGGAGAUAUAAUCGACUGUGUCCUUGUAUCCCACCAGCCAGCUUUUGAUCAUCCUCUCUUCAAGAACCACACAAUUCAGGUGAGGCCAAAUUAUCACCCAGAAGGGCUAAUCGAUGAGAAGAAGGUGUCAAAUCCCCAGUCAAAUGAAGGAAAAUCAAAGCCAAUUACUCAGCUGUGGCAUUUGAAUGGGAAGUGCCCUGAAGGAACCAUUCCAAUCAGAAGAACAAAGAAAGAAGAUCUGCUUAGAACAAGUUCUGUUGAGAGUUAUGGAAAGAAGAAACACAGAAACAUCGUUAAACCAGCUAGGUCUGCUGAUCCUGAUCUCAUCAAUCAAAGUGGCCAUCAGCAUGCAAUAGCCUAUGUAGAAGGGGAGUUUUAUGGAGCAAAGGCAACCAUGAAUGUUUGGGACCCCAAAAUCCAGCAGCCUAAUGAGUUCAGCUUGUCUCAGCUAUGGGUCUUGGGGGGUACUUUUGCUUCAGAUCUCAACAGCAUUGAAGCUGGUUGGCAGGUUAGCCCAGACUUGUAUGGAGAUAGCAACGCCAGACUUUUCACCUACUGGACUAGUGACGCAUAUCAAGCGACAGGAUGCUACAACCUCCUCUGUUCGGGCUUUAUUCAAAUCAACAAUGAAAUAGCAAUGGGGGCCAGCAUCUCCCCUAUUUCAGCCUAUCGUGGCUCCCAAUAUGACAUCACCAUACUUGUCUGGAAGGACCCAAAAGAGGGAAACUGGUGGAUGCAAUUUGGGAAUGACUAUGUGCUGGGUUACUGGCCAGGCUUCUUGUUUUCAUACCUAGCUGACAGUGCAACCAUGAUUGAGUGGGGAGGAGAGGUGGUGAACUCAGCCUCAGAUGGGCAGCACACCACCACCCAGAUGGGCAGUGGCCAUUUCCCUGAGGAAGGUUUUGGUAAAUCCAGUUAUUUCAGGAACAUUCAGAUUGUAGAUGGGUCCAACAACCUUAGGGCUCCCAAAGAAGUCAACACUUUCACUGAGCAACCAGAGUGCUACAAUGUCCAAGUUGGAAAGACGGGCGAUUGGGGCAACUACUUUUACUAUGGCGGUCCCGGUAGAAACCCGAAUUGCCCAUGAGAGACCCUGAUCGAAUAGGGUAAUAUUUUAUUAGCAAAAGUUUUUACAGAAUUCUCAUGUAGAAUGAUGUGGUGGAACUUCUCCGUGACAACCACUGGUUGUGUCGUAAUUUAAUAAAUGCUACUGCCACAUCAUUCUCAAUGAGUUUUCUGUUAGUAAUCCUUUUUUAGGUUCUUUUGAAGAACAUAAGCCUCUAGUCAAAACCCUUGGAUUUAUUAGGAUAGGCAAGUAUUCUAUGUAUAGGAACAUGUGAAUCUUCUUUGAAGUUUUGACUUUCUUUAUUAGGGUCUUCUUCAGAUGAGAGUAGUUGGAGGCAAGAGAGGCAGUCAAAGUUUCUUCUACCCAAAAGAAACAGGCACCUUUCCUACUCUCUAUAUGUAAUUGCUCUUAUGCUCCUCUCUUUGGAGCAGUAGUUUGUCAAAUUGAUGAAUUAGAUUCUUAUGUUA